GGGGGAGCGAACUGUUGUGGUGCGGCGCGUUGGGCGGGCGGCGGCCGGGCGGCCCAGGGGCUGCCUCGGGACUCGGGGCGCAGCCGAGCCUCUGAAGGGGUGGGGCGGGCCGGACGCGCCGCGGGGCCCGGGCGCCACGGGUUCGAGGCCCGGCCCCGCGAGGGGAGGCCGCGCCACCCCGGGGGAGCUGCCGGGUGGCGAGUUUGCCCCGCAACCGAAAGAAGGCGGGAGCCGGCGGGGGCCUUCGAAACCCCCUGGCAGCCCGGGCCCGGAGUCCCUAGGGAGCCAGCGCGUCCUGGGACGCCCCCCGGGAGAUCCCUGCCGCAGGGUAAAGAUUCUGGGCCCCCGGCCGAAGGCGGCUCCGGGUGACCCCCGGCGGGGCCCUGCGAGCCGCGGGAACUGACCCUGGGGCCUCGAGCCCGGAGGCAGGGGCUCUCCGGAGACGCGGGCCGGGGGCUGAAGGAGCCGGGCCUCUUGGACGCGGGGCAGGGCAGCGCCUGCCUGCAGACGGACUCCGGGACUCUCGGGUGCGGGGGUCUCGGCGACCUGCCCCGCGGGAAGCGCGGCCGCGGAGUGGCCUACAGGGCGCCCUCCCCCAGAGGGGCCGGCCCGGGGCGGGGAGAUGAACGGCUUCAGCACGGAGGAGGACAGCCGCGAAGGGCCCCCCGCCGCCCCCGCCGCCGCCCCGGGCUAUGGCCAGAGCUGCUGCCUCAUCGAGGACGGCGAGCGCUGCGUCCGGCCCGCGGGCAACGCCUCCUUCAGCAAGAGGGUCCAGAAGAGCAUCUCGCAGAAGAAACUCAAGCUGGACAUCGACAAGAGCGUAAGGCACCUGUACAUCUGUGAUUUCCACAAAAAUUUCAUCCAGAGUGUUCGAAACAAAAGGAAGAGGAAGACAAGUGACGAUGGUGGAGAUUCUCCUGAGCACGACACUGACAUUCCUGAGGUCGAUCUGUUCCAGCUGCAGGUGAAUACUCUACGACGUUAUAAACGACACUACAAGUUGCAGACGAGACCAGGCUUCAAUAAGGCCCAGUUAGCAGAAACCGUCAGCCGACACUUCAGGAACAUACCGGUGAAUGAAAAGGAGACUCUCGCAUACUUUAUCUACAUGGUGAAGAGUAACAAGAGCAGAUUGGACCAGAAAUCAGAGGGCGGCAAGCUUGAGUGAGGAGGAAGCACACCUUAAAGAAAUGAAGUAUAAUGCUCAAUGCACAGGUGAUAUCUGUGACAGUUAAGCCCAUAAAGACUGUUAUUAUUGUAAAUAAAAAAGUUUGAAUGAUGAAUACUGUAAAUCUUUUUGGUCAGGAGGAUUAUAUUCUCAUGAUUCAGCAUGUGUAUAGAAAGACUUUCUUUUAAGAUAACUACUGGACUGAAAAAACAGGAUCAUAAAAAGAAUUUAAAACCAUGUAUUGCAGCAUUCAACAAAGCAUUAAGUCAAUCCUGCUGGAAAUGUGGAAUAAGAAAUAUUUUGGUAGUCAUCUUGUAAUGCCAGGCUGCCACAUGGGACACAUGGCCCUGGAACAGCAGCAAGGGGCAAUUGACAGUGGAGGCGUGGGAGCAGACCUGUGUGGCUCACACACCGCCCACUGAGGACAUCGACGUCCUGCUCUGUUGCGAGCUCUGUCGUUGAUUAGCACAUCAGUUUGACACUGGUCCCCCUCACUUGCCCUGUGCCUUGUACACAGUGAGCACUCCAUCAGUAUUUGUUAGCUAAUUGAGCUGUCACAACAGCGCCAGCCCUGUAACAUCUGCUUCGGUCCUCUCGUUACUGAGACCUCUGCCAUUUCUGUUGCUCACUGCUUAACUGCUAGGUGUGGAAGAAGUCCUGAUGCAUAAACAGGGAAGCUUCAAAUCAGAGGAGGGUUUUAGGACAGUUGCAUGUAUAUUUGUUGAGGUUCCAGAAACAGGAGGGUCCUUUGCAUGCCUCUCUACACUUUUCUCUUUGGGGCAAAGUCAUGUAUCGUGACUUCAGCCAGGCUCCUGGGCAAUAAGUAAUUCGACAAACCAGAAAUUUAGUGGUGUGGGACUAAUGUUUUGAGAAGUAUUCGUUCUUAGUUCACAGCCAUCAGGAAAGCUGCCAAGGACCAUGUGAUUCCUGUUCAGGUGUCCAGCUGUGGGAAAGACUGGCUGCCUUGACUCCCUGGGCUCUGUAGGCAGCAAAUCAUGAGUUGGAGCAAAAAAGGUUGGUGCCACCUGAUCCUCAGUUUUGCAAGAAUGUGCCUCCCCCUUAGGGAGAAAGAUCACUAAAAUAAUUUUUCAAAAUAUUUCAACCUGAUUUUGUUGUUGUUUGGAAAGUCAGAUUCUUCUAUCUGAUUAUCUCAGAGCCAGAGUAUCCUGUAAAAGCAAAGUUUUAUAUCCAAACGUAUACUUGUGCAAAAUUCUCUUAUCAGUGUGUUGAGGGGGCAGAUGAUGUAGAUAAGAGAAUGGGAGAAAAAGAUAAGAAAAGCAUUUGUAUUCUAAUUUCCAACCUUUUCACAUAUAUUAUUAUGGUCAAAGGUAUGAUUUUCCUUCCCGGUUUCAACUCUGAGUUAUUUCUUAAGCCUUAAAUAAUAAGAGGAGCAAUGGACAGCCUGGCAGAGUUUUGGUGUCUUAUCUGAGCUUAAUCUGAGAACCACCUCAGAGAAGUCGGAACUAAACCCAUAAUGAGCAGGGUGGUAGAAUGUCUGGAGGUCUCAGUUCUGUGGAGCAGAGUACCAUACUUUCUUGGAAUGCAAACAGGGCCAUCUCUCUCACUAAAAUGCAGAGUGUUCAUUGCCCCAAAGCUUUCGCCAGUGUUCAAAAUGCAUGUCUAGCAGAUCGCAGCUUUUCAAAGUAUGUGUAAAAUGAAUGUAGAUAGAAUAUACUCUGGGCUAUGAGGGGGCCUAUUUUGAUAAAUCUCCUGGCUGUGGAGGGCACAGCAAGGUGCUCUGAGUGUUUUCAGUCCUGUUCAAUAUAUAUCUAGGGACCGAGUCCCUCCUUCAUAGCUAACGGAUGUUGGCAUAGCUAUCAAGAAGGCUCAGCAGGGGCUGGAGUUCAGGAGCAGAUGGGUCUGUAGGAAGAGGCAUCAUUAACCUGCUCCAUGGACAUAUCCAUGUCUUAAUGAGGAAGAAAGUGUAUCUUUCUGAUAUGUGAACCAAAAUUGUGGGCACAUAGGUCAUGUCACUGUUUCUUUAAAAGCACAUCUGUUUUCCCACAUGCAAGCAGUAUGUUUCUGGAUAAGGUGUGCUGGGGGCCAUGUGUUCAGCUGUGUCUGUAAGAAUGCUAUUGUUCCAAAGCAAAGCCUGGGAAGCUUUUCACCUUGAGCCAGCUGCCAUGCACAAUGGUCCCGUGUUGUCUUUCCUCUAAAGUGGGCUGCCGUGGGAAAGUGGAGGUUGUGGGUAUCUUUUCAACCUUUCAGAACAGGUGAGAGAAAAGACAAAGUUAAUUGAACUUGUGUUUUUCUCACGUCCAGAAGUCUGCUCUUUGAUCACACCACUAAACCACUUGCCUUAGCCUCUUCUGCAGUUUUUGAUGGCUUUAUCCAUGGGUAGGAGACUUCUGCCUGUGAGAAAUGACCAGGCCCUACAGAGCCACAGGGUCUGGCUCAAGGGAGUGGUGGAUUUGGGGGAAAGCAGUGUUCAUCCUGGCUGCCCACAUUUCUAUGCCACCUGUCAAGGACUCUUACACUUCCCUCUACCUGUGACAUCGCAGCAUUGCCUUCUCUCCUCUUGGUGCUCCUGGGCAAAACUGGAAUUUCAGAUCCAGAACUGGCAUUGUCUUCUUAAAGAGAACAGUUCCUGCCUCAGUUCCAGCCUGGUGUGGUUCUUUCAUGUGCCCUGAAGGUUGUCACAUGUGAAUGUCAAUAUCCUACCAUUCGUGUUUCAUUUUAAGGUUUUUUUAAAAAUCUUAAGUUGACAGUGGUAUGUGAAAAAGAUCAUAACUGAAUCUCACAAAAGACUGAAAGCCAAAGGAUUCAGGACCAGUGUUAUAAAUGAGGAGGAAUUUCACUUGUGUCUUACAGUUGCCAAGUGUUAGAUGUUCCUGUUGUAGCUAAAUAGUCACUGCUAGCCUCUCAGAGAACAAUAUUGAUAAUGUUUGUGAUGGAAUGUUGCAACCUUGGCAUUUGAGCUGUUCAUUUUGUAGGAAAUUUUUUGUUCAUACCCUGCAGAGCAACUGCCUGGUGGAAGGCAGAGGAGGGGGGAAGACGCUUUUUCUGGAGGCCGUGCAUGCAGAAGUAGGUUGUCCCAGGUAUGGAUCCUAGAGAAAUUGCUUCAUGGAAAUCAUCUGAAGACUCAGUUACCUCCAUGACAAGAUCCAAAGGUUGGAAAAGGGUAUUUAAGUCAUCCAGUCCAGUCUCCCCAUAGGUGCUGACAUUCUGCCUACAACUGUCCCACCAAGGGAGCAGUCUGGGCUUACACACCUCGAGGACAGAGAACUCACUACCUCCUGGGGAAGCCUGUUCUAUCUUUGUAAACCUCUGGCUUUUCUGUGUUCUCUGUAAUUCUCAUCUUAGUCUCUGCCUCAUGAGGGCCACAUGGAAAAAGCUACUCAUCUUGGCAAGGACCUCAUUUCUGUCAUUGACCCACAGCAUUGCCUUUGUCUUCUAAAAAGGAGCAGCAAGGACCCAGAUGUUCUGGUGUCCUGCCUGUCCUUUCCCUGAGUUUAGUCCACUUAGCUCCUUGUUGAGGAACCUUGAAGAACCCCCACCAGCCUGGUUAUGCUCACUUGUUCUUGUCAGAGUUGGUGAAGUGGGAGUGGGAUGUUACCAGCCUGCUAAAAAAUAACCUCAGACAACUGAGGCCUUAGUUCUGUGCUUGUCCCACAAAAACUAAUGCUCAUGACAUCACUUAGGAAAAACUUCCAACUAGAAGAUUAUUAAAUAAUGUCAUUGCUUUGCAUGGAGUUUGAAGUUCCAUGGUAUCUGAGGGAUUGUGCCUUUAGAUUCCUAUAAGGACUUCACAUGUGGUUUUUACUGAGAAAACCAAGCUUGUUGCGGGGGAGGGCUAGUGUCUCAAGGUCAGAAGUGCCAGAUCUUCAAGCUGGAAAGUCCUUCAAGGUUGCUGUUGUCUAAUCAUCCAUCUUUAGAGAAUGGGGAAGUAAAGUUCAAGAUGUGCCUAGGGUCACAUGGCAUUAUGGGAACUAGCCUCUGGUACUCUUGACCUGUCCAGCACUCUCCACUCUCAUUUGCAGUACAACUCUAGUGCAGUCUCAGGUAAGCUGCCUUCAGAUUCUUGAGACCUUGUAACACAGCAGCCCCCAGCAACCUGACUCUCAGGGACUGACCUGAUCUGUGGAACUCAAGGCUGAGUGAAAUAAUUAGGCAGUUUGAGUUUUGUAAAAUGCCUGUAAGGGAGAAGAGUUCUAGCCUAUAAUUUCAGACCAGGAUGUAAAGCCCUAGUCCUAAAAUCCAGAUUCCAUGAAGUGGACUUAGUCUGUGGUCUCUUGGUGGGACUUCUGCCUUUAAGGUUGUAUGAUUCCAUUGGCCCUGGCUCCAGGUCUAUUGUCAGGAGCUAGACGGUUGAUCUGAAGGGCAAAUGAGCCCAAGAUCAUGCCCAGGAAGCAUGGGGCUUAUUCCAAGGCUGUAGGUAGGAAGGGUUAAGUUGGUCUGGUGUUUUGGAGUGGAAUGCAGCCUGAGGCAAAGUGGGACCUGUUCUUGAGGCAGAAAUGUCUACACUCAUCUUUUUCAUCUAGCUUACAUCUCACAACACAAACCCUUCCGUUGCUCUUACUUAAUCAACACAUUUGCCAACAACAGAGGGUUGUACAGAAUCCCUGUUUUACCCCUCUAUUGUCUGCUAUGCUCAUCAGAGUGUAUUUUGGGGUAUGGGGUUGGGGGGUGUCCAUUUUGUAACUGCCUUAUUAAAAAGUAAGUGCCCUUCCAUUCCAGGCCUCCUCAUAUUGUACUCAUUUCCUGCCAAAUUUGGGGGAUCAUUUGUAUUUUAAUUUUGUAAUCUAUGGCUCUGUACUGUUGAAAGGCUCUCGAUUCUGUAGAGUCUCCUUGGUAUGUAUGUGACUUUUCAUGUUGCAAUAUCACACAGAUUGGGAUGGCCCGACUUUUGCUCUUAAUAAAUGAUCUGAAUGAGUAA